AUGGGCAAAAAGAGAAGAGCCGCUAUCCUUCCGACCAACAUUAUCUUGUUGCAGAAUGUCGUCCGCAGAGACCCUGGCUCGUAUCAUGAGGAAUUCCUUCAACAGUAUUCCCACUAUGAGUCGUUAAGAGACAUUUUCUUGAUGAACCCCACGCCCGACCAAGGAACAGAGUUUGGGGAGCUCAUUGGCUUCGUUUCGGCGGUUUGUAACUGCUACCCUAAGGAGACAAAGGACUUCCCCGAGGAACUCAAGAACAUUCUUCUCAACAAUCACAGAGAGUUGACUCCCGAGCUCCGAGAGAAGAUCAUCCAGUGUCUUACCAUGCUUAGAAACAAGGGCAUCAUUACCGCUGAAACCUUGAUCGCCACACUCUUUCCCCUCUUACGUGCAUACUCCAGUUCGUCUCAGAACGCAUCCACCAGUUCCCAAAACGCUAAAGCUGUCAGACGUCAGAUCUACAGCACGCUUAUUUCGCUUUUAAAGUCUAUGAACACUGGUGCUAAGAACCAGAAGAUCAAUAGAACCACGCAAGCAUUGCUUUUCGAGUUGCUUGACCAGAGAGACUCCCAGGGUUUCUGGGCUACUAAGCUUACCAGAGAACUCUGGAGAAGAGGUAUUUGGGACGACUCCAGAACCGUCGAAAUCAUGACCCAAGCUGCAUUGCAUCCUGACAUCAAGGUCAGUACGUCCGGUGCCAAAUUCUUCCUUGGUGCUGACAAGGAAAGACAGGAGAAUUUUGAAAACGACCUGUCUGACGAUGAAGGGUUUGACAUGAGUGCCUUGAAGCACAAGAUGCAGAUCAACAAGAAGUCGUCCAAGAGAAGUAAGAAGAUGGAGCAGGCGAUGAAGUCGUUGAAGAAGAAGAACAGCAGUAAGGGUUCUGCCACAUACUUGAACUUUUCUGCCAUUCACUUGCUCCGAGACCCUCAAGGUUUUGCUGAAUCUCUCUAUGACACGCACAUGAGCAACAAGGCCGCCAACAAGUACGACUUGGAGCACAAAAUCUUGUUUAUGAACCUUGUUUCGAGACUUAUUGGUACGCAUAAGCUUACAGUUUUGGGUAUCUACUCAUUCUUCCUCAAGUACUUGACGCCAAAGCAGAGAAACGUCACGCAAAUCAUGGCUGCCUCUGCCCAAGCCUCUCACGACUUGGUCCCUCCAGAGAACAUCAACUCUGUUGUGCGCAAAAUCGCCGAUGAGUUCGUCAGUGACGGUGUUGCAUCUGAAGUCGCUGCCGCUGGUAUCAACACCAUCAGAGAGAUUUUGGCUCGUGCACCUCUAGCCAUUGAAGCUCCUCUCUUGCAAGACUUGGUGGAGUACAAGGGCUCCAAGGCCAAGAACGUCAUGAUGGCUGCUAGAUCACUCAUCACGUUGUACAGAGAAGUCGCUCCCGAAAUGUUGCAGAGGAAAGAUCGUGGUAAGACUGCUUCUAUGGAGCUUCAGCAUGGAGAGAAGAAGGGUUUGCCACAGUUUGGUAUCGAAUCCGCCACCACCUCUAUUCCUGGUAUUGAGCUCUUGGCCAAAUGGAGAAAGGAGCAAGGUUUGGAGGACGAUGAGGACAAGGACGAGAACUGGGAGGUUGCCGAUGAAGACAGUGAUCUGGAUGACGAAGGUGACUGGGUCAACGUUGAAUCUGAUAAGGAGAUUGAUAUUUCCGACUCUGAGGAUGAGAAGAAGGAUGAGAAGGACAACGAGGAUGAGGACUCUGACCUUGAUCUUUCUGAUGACGAAGAAGCUGAAAAGGAUGAAGCUGGUGCUCCUUUGAAGAAGAAGGCUAAGAUUGCCAAUGCCAAGGCAGAGGAGGCACUUGCUGCUGAAAAGGCCAUGACAGAGAUGCUUUCGAGCAGAAUCCUCACACCUGCCGAUUUUGCCAAGCUUGAAGAAUUGAAGGCUCAGGCUGGUGUUGAAAAGAUUCUCGGUAAGCAGCACAACGAAGAGGAAGUUGACCUGACUACGUUGGUUGGUAAGGUCAAGUACAAGCAGCUCAGAGAGGAGAGAAUUGCCCAUGCCAAGGAAGGAAAAGAAGACAGAGAGUUUGGUUCCAGAAGAGGCAAGAGAGAGGCUCCUCAUUCUACUACAAACAAGGAGAAGGCAAGAAAGAAGAACUUUAUGAUGAUGAUUCACAAGAAGGCUGUCCAGGGCAAGCAGAAGAUGUCUCUCAGAGACAGACAGAAGGUGUUGAGGGCACACAUCACGAAGCAGAAGAAAAAGGGACUUUAG